UCUCCGAUAUAACUCUACCGACAAAUUUUCUUUCGGAAGACUGGAAAACGCUGCGAAAAAAUAACGGAAACGUAUGCAGUUUCGACGAAAAUCGGAUCGUGGUUUUGUCCGUGAACACAGAAUUAAAAUUGUCGCGUAAUUACUGUGUAAAGAGUAAUCGCUUAAGCGACACAAAAUUAUUAAUCGUUCUUAAUGUAUUGUUCGUAUUUUUCGUCCCGCGUGUGUACGUGAACUGUUUCUAAAAUGCGCGCUACGUACCAUUACCUCCUCGAAUAGUCAUGGAGAAUAGUAGUUUAGAAGAUGGUUUGGAUUAUCCGUUGGAUGAUGAUAUCGGAGAAGAGGAGGAAUAUGAUGCACUAAACGAUGAAACCUUUGGUUCUGAAGCUACUAUCGGGGACUGGGAGAAAGAUCAUGAAAAACUUGCAGAGAUUACAGAGUCCAGUCGUCCGCAUCACCAAAAUGCUAUAGAAAAAAAAAAUGGAGUCCAUGCCGAUAUAGAAGAUAAUUUAUCUCAUUUGGUAUUGGACGAAAAAGAAGGUAUCGUUCCUCGUCCUGGAGUAUGGGAUAGCCCUUCUACACUGUCCGCUCCUAAACCUCGCCCACCUUUAACUUUACCGUCGACGUUAACGAACGUAUGCACCGUCGAAGAAUUGGAGAAAGGUCUUAUCGCGAAUAAACCUCCUCCAGGAUUGAAUAAACCUGUUCAGACGCAACAACAGCAACAACAACAAAAGUCCGAUGGCUCGCUUUUAUUCGAUUCCAUAUCCGCUCCGCCGCGUUUUCCGCCGGGGUUGGGUAUACCGCCACCGCAUCCGGUUAGUUUACCACCAAACAUGAGGUUUCCACCCCCUCAAUUUGUUCAUCCUAGACUGCUGCCCAAUCAAACUGGAAAUGUACUGAGAUAUCCCGUAGGGGCACAUUUAAUGCUACCGCACGCUGCGCAAAGACAGCCUAUACAUGGCUCGUUUUGCAAUACUUUUCCUCAACCUCCUCCGCAUUCGAAUUUAGGUCAUCCUCCGUUUUUACGCCCCGAUCAUGGCAUGAUGCCUCCUUUUUCUAGCAAUCAAAGUAAUCAGCAACAACAACAACAUUCGUUUCCACAUUCUGCUGGUCAAAGAAACCAGAAUAGGUCUUUUCAUCAUGGAGAACAGCAAGGAAAUCAUCAGCCCUUUUUUAAGAAUAACCAACAUCAUCGUAACUACGAUCGAAAUAAUCAGCGACAAUAUUAUUAUCAUCACCACUGUCAAGGGAUAAACGGGGUAACCAACUCUGGCGAAUACGACGAAUAUGCCGAUCUUAUGAGUAAUCGAGAAAAACAAUGGUUAAUUAAUAUCCAACUGCUCCAAUUGAACACGAACGAGCCAUACGUCGACGAUUAUUACUAUACCGUAUUCUGCGAUAAAAAGAACAAACGGAACACGAAUCAAGAUCAGAAGGAUAAAAAACAGAAUAGCAACGACAACAAUAAUGGUUUCUACAGAGAUAACAGAGAUCGGGAACAGCAGCCUCACCAUGUACUGACGAGGCCGGUAUACACGCCGAUGCAGUUUGAAAAUUCUUUAGGAAAACUGCAGUUCGCCAGUGUAAUUGCACCGCGUAAAAUAAUCGAUAUGGAUGUAGUUCCAAAUAGUGAUCCUCAGUUAACUACGCAAAUACAGCAAAAAGAUACGAAAAGAACAAGACAGUUGUUGCUUGAGAUUGAAAGGUUAUACAUAAUACAAUUAAAAAUCGAAGAUCUACAUAAUCCUUUGGCUCUGCUUAAUGAUCAACAAAAUCAAGAAGGACAAAAUAAUUCGAACUCCGAUAAGAAAACUACCCCAGAAUUAGUAAACGCGAUGUUACUGUCUUUCCUUCAGCAUAUACAAGACGAUAAGUUAGCAAGUAUGCUAAGUAUUCGGAAAGGAAAGACAUUGUUAUUGAGGUUUCUACCGUACGUGAGCGAAACGGAAUAUCGUAUUCAACUGGAAGAACUGUGGAACGCUAUAUUCCGAGGACUAGCCGUAAUAGGUCGUAGAGAUUCUGAUCUGUUGAUAAGCCUGCACACGGAAUUUCAACGUUGGUUCAAUGCUGUACAAAAUUUUGGCACGAUACUUCGAUUAGCUCGUUCGCUGUCCGACUCCGUUAGUCAACCGAUCAAGAUCAAUAGUUUGGCUUUCGCUCUUACGAACAAGUUUGGUGUAUCCGUAAUUGCCUCGAUGCUUGAACAAGCAGAAAACUUGUAUCCUACGGAUGAUUCCUUAUCUACGGAAUGGUCCUCCUUCAUAGCAAACAUCAUCGAAACAAUUGGUGAAUCUCCGCCAUGCGUUGCACCCUGUCAACCGAUUGCUGCGAAUACGCUUGAUCAGCACUUAAAUCGACUAUCUCAUUUGAAAAGCGGAAGGUACACGAACCUGGAACUUCUACUAACCGAUGCUAAUCCUUCCCGAUAAUCGAGCAUCAUGACACGUUUUCUGGCAUUUCAUACAAACCUGCUUUUUGUUACGAUCGAGGAAACAAAUUAUGCUGAAGAGGAAGCGCAGCAGAUACUUUAACGCUGCUACAUUAUUAUCGUUAUUAAUCGAGUAUUUUUUGCAUACGACGAUUGUAUUUUAUCAUAAUCGAUAUUUUUAUUUUACAGAGUAGAUCUAUGCUUUUUGCGCGUAUUCCAAACGCAUGGGUACGGCAGUGUCAAAGAUAACGUGUUCGAUUCGACGUUUUGUUGAUUUUGUGCCACGAAUGCGUUAACUUUUCUUUUUUAUUCCCUUUUUUUUUAAUUACGAGUCUACUAGGUAAAACUGAUAUCGAUUAUGUUCAACGCAUAAACUAUACGUGCUAUCUUUAUAGCUUUUUGUUCGUAACGUUUCUUUACUUUUCUCCCCGUCUUCUUUUCUUGUAAAAUACGUUUCCAGUUAAAUUUGCACGAUAUUAAAAUAUAAGUUCAUCGAUGUCGUUUAAACGCAAACGGUUCAUAAUCGUUUUUUCCGCGCGUUAAAUCAUAAUGAUUCGCGAUCUCGAAGGUAUGUAAUACAUUGUUUGAACUUUACUUGGUCUCGUUAUCGUCGACAUUAUUCGUAGACGAAACAAUCUUUCCCGGAGUAAACACGAAAAAGUAUGCUGUGAUUUAAUGUAAAUUUCUUCGGAUCUUCGGUUUUCCCAUUCUUCUCUUUUUCUCGUUCUUCUUUUCUCUUUAUGUAAACGGUCUCAUAUUUCUGCCAAACGAUCGAUAACACGCGCGUAAACCGAAGAAAAAUUAAGUGAUAUAGCGAUCGUAGAUUUUUAAUCUUGUUUAAGAUUUCAAUAAGAACCGCAUAUUAUUAUACGAGAAAUUAAUUUAACGAAAUAACGUUUGAUCUUUGCGCAAGAAUAGUUAUAUUUAAAAAUAGCAUAGUAUGUUCGUUUAUAUUACUUUUUUAUGGCCCGACAGCACAGGAAUCGUAUAUGCAAUCAUUAUAUAAGUUUCUAUUUCGAGGGCAAGAGUAAUGCAGUUUUUAUACGUGUAAUAAUGUUUAACAAUUCGAAUAACAAAACUGCAUUUUUCGUCGUGACAAGCAUCGGCGUUAGCGACGCACGAUUUCAAAAUCUUGUUUAUAGUUUCACCACUUCUCGAUGCGUGUUCAUCGAAACACGAUUGUUAUCGGCUAAAACGUUUGCGUACCUAUUUCGUGAUCGUAUCAAUAUCCGCUCGUCGCCAGAAACCGCUGCGACGAGUACGGCGAGAGCGCGGAAAGCGAUUUGAAUUAUACGACGACAUGGCCUUUAGUAUACAGUAUAAGCGGUUACUUUUUAUCACGGUACACAUUAAUAAAUUCUUAUGUACAUUUAGCUUGUACAUAGAACGACUCUGAUGAAUGAAUGACUUCAUAUAUUUUGUAAUUGGAUGCGAAAGAAAAUUUAUUUUUCGCUUCCAUGACGUAAUGUUAUGUCAUUUUUGCAAAGAAAUGAAAAGAUUAUAAAAAAAAAAAGGAAAAAAAGAUAUGAUAAAAACAAGAUGGAUCGCGUUAUUUUUUACAAUGUCUACAGCGAUCGACGAGGUAUAAUCCGGCAUUUUCGAACAUCCACACGAUAGCAUGUAUCGAUAAAGUUAAGUCUCGCGCUAGAUCGCGGUCCAGUACUAAUACUUGUUCUCGCAAUUAGAUCCUGAUUUCGGAGUUGUACGAGAUUCGUUUCGUAGAACAUGUGUUGCACCGUGUCUAACCGAAUUACUAUAUUUUACAAGCUUCCACCGUUUUAUCUUUAUUAUUCGUCAUCGUAAUUUAGGCAUACCGUGCGGGUAUAAUGUCGAAUGUAGAGAUUUCUGUUUACGUUGCGGACCGAUCCUACUCGAAAUUUCAUGGAGAACUAAUUAUACUUAGCAUUUUGUAAGAUAACGAUCAAACGUUAGCCGAGUUAAAGUAAGCACGUUUCGAUUCCUUACUCUCGGAUAAAGGAUAUUUGUUGAAAUUGUACAAAUUUUUUAAUCUUUGAAAGUAAACUGUAUCAUAAAGUUUAAUUCGCGCCUUUCGUUCAUUCGUUUUUCUCGACCACGAAAAUCAUCGGGUACGUAAGUACGUGAAACGAAACAGACUCAUUAUAAUAACGGUGUUGACGCGUACGCAUAGAUUUAUGUGCGCAUACGAUUCCAUGUACGUAUUAACUAUGAUUAUAUACCCUAGGAUUCUUUUUUUUCCUUUCGAAGA